CAGGAAAUCAUUCUCUUGUGACAUGAGUAGUAGAAAAUCGACUUCAUUUUCAUGUUGAUUUGGCAACAGUGUAAUGCUUGGGCAGGUGAGUUUUUUUAAAUAAUAUUAUUAUAUCUUUAGUAAGAGAGUUAUGCAAAUGGUUAAUGGAAAAAAGGACAAGAAAAUUUCUUCAAAUAUUUGAUGAGAACUGUUGUUUCGGAUGAAUGGUUACACUUGUGAAAUCUAGAUUUAAUUACUUCAUUUGUUUACUAACAUUAAUACCAAUUUCGUUUUGAAUUUAGGUGAUGUCUGAUAGUACUCCUAACCAAGAAUUAGUAAAUGUGUUCAGUGGGAGAAAUCUUAUGGAUACUUUUAGUUGGAGUUAUAAGUACCAUGCAUUGUGAUUAAUAAUUAUAAACCUCUUGUAUUUCCUUAAAUUUAGUAAAACCUACAUAUAUAUGACAUUUUAAAUGUUUUUGUUUGACUUUUAUAUGCCUCUGGGUGGCGUUAGCUUUACUGGACUUGCAGACCCCAUCCCUGAGUUCACACGGUGCAACCUCGUACCCUGCUACUGAAGUAGAUGGGAUGCACUGACAUUACCCUUCCAAGUCUCUACUCAUCAAAUUUAGAUAAGUAACCUCGAUCAAUCAUGGGUUCCAUUAACAACGGUGGUGGUGGUGGAGGUGGGAACCACAUAAUUGAUGCUUUUGGAAGGCUCUUGACUUGUGUCUUGCGACAUAUGGCUUCUGAGCUAAACUUAAAGAUGAGGACAGAUGAGCUAAAUUUGAGGUGCAUGGAAUGCUAUCACAGAUGGACCCCGCAUUGUCAUCCGAAAGCUAAAGCUCCAGAACUCUCUGCCAAGAAAUUAUUUGGUGACUUGCCACGACUUUGGCAUCGUGACAAAGCCCCCCAACCAAAAGAUGCUGCCCAACUAGCACUUAAAAAGAUGCCUUCAGCCGAGCAAGAAACCAUAUCAAUGAGUGAGUAUCAGCGAGGUGUUGGUGCUUGGAAUUUUGACCUUGAAGAUUUAAAAUUCAAAGCAUCCUUGGUGCAAGAUGAUGACGAAAUUCAAGAUAUCAAGGACCAUGAUGUAGAUUCAACUUCAUUUGCCAAUAAUGAAGCAUCCAAUUCGAAGGCUAUUACUAUUGGCAAACAUUCCACAAGCGACAUUGAAUCUAGUGAUGAAGUUGUCCCAUCUGAAUCCCUAAUCAAUAAAGAAAGUAAACUGCUAGAAACUGAUGAUAAAGGAAGUAUUAUUGUUGAAGAAAAAAGCAGAAAAUAAACAGAGAAACCACAAGCAGAUAAAGAAGUAGCAGUACCACAUGCUAAAAAUAGAAUUUUAACAACAACAGGAAUAGGAAGAAAUCUCUAAACACAAAGUGACCUCUUGUGGCUGCUGUUGUCUUGAAUCAUUCAAAGUCUGACAAGACUUGUACUUUAGAAAGGUGUGGAAUCCAUCAUCACCUCCAAUUUGUUGAUAAAAUCCAUCAUCAGCUCCAAUUAAUUAUGGGUUCCCAAGUAUUUAUGUUGCUGACCCUUUUCAUUUCGUGAUCAAAUGAAAUGAAUUUUGUUCAAUAUAUUUUGUUUUUGAACCAAUGAUUAGGUUUUUAGAAAUCUUUCUUAAAGCAUAUGGCACUUUGGUUUAUUAUAUUUUGUCACGUCAACGAUAAGUUUUCUGUCUUGAGCUGUUUAUAUACUAUUGGUUCCCUUCAAUUACUCAUCUCCAUUAUGGAAUUCAAGUCGCGCAUAAUAUCAAUUAGUUAUGUGCCAGGGCAGCCUUCCAGGUCUGGUGGUAUGUUUUGUGCUGAUUAGUUGUCACUCUCUAGAUAUGUAUAUGUAUAGAAAGGAAUUUUUUAACAUGAACAAGGAUAAAAGUGUAAUGGUUUGGUUGGGUUUCUUUUCUGAUUUGAACUGCCAGACACUCCUGCAAAUUCAAAAGAAAGAUGGCACAGGUAAGGAGCGUCCUUUGGGAGCUGCCCUUGAGGCCAUCAAAAUACUUUGAUUCAAGGCAAUACAAAACUCUUAUUGGUAGAUCAUUUUGAUUCCACUAUCAUACAUACAUAUCAUGUGUAUUAUUAAUUAGUUGAUAUUGAUAUUGUACAACUGACAUGAUUAUUAUGUAGGAUUUCCGUAUUGAUCUUCAAUAAGAGUUGGGAUUCAUAUUUAAGCUAAUAGACAUGAUCAUUGAUUGGAUACAUGAAGGGUUUCGGAGCUUCUUAUGACAGCUUAAUGAUGAUUUACUUAAAAAAGAAGGUGCCCUUUAUAGUAAUGUAGUAUUAGGUUAUAUAGUUAGGGAAAACCUCUUAAUAACAAUGUACAAUCAGAU